AUGUCUCAACGUACUGUCACAAUAUCUGUUAUAGGAGUCAGUGGGAAAGAAAGUAUUAAAGGAACCGAAGGUGUUGGCAAGUCAGCUCUGUGUAAUCGCUUUAUUCGAAGUUGCUAUGAUGACUUCAUUAUCGAUCAUUCUUCAGUUCUCUCACAGACGGACUUUGGUGGUUCACCAGUAAUAAAUAAUGAUCAUUGGCUGUAUUGGGGUGAACGAUAUGUAGAUAAUGAUGAUGGAGCCUCCAAAGUUAAUGUUCGAAUCAUAGAGCAAACUGAGUUUCUUGAUGAUGAAACAUUCGAUACACUAGCAGGUUCUUCCACAGCAGAGCCUUAUAACAAAAGAGCUGUUCGUACAAAACUAGAGAGCAGGGAUAAACUUAUGUAUAUACGAAAAGAGCAACUUGGACUAGAAACCGAGUUCCCUCAGAACAUAUUGCCUGAAGGGAAAUGUACUGUUGAUUGUUUUAUUUAUGUUUUCGAUUCAAGCAAGAAUGAUAGAUCUUUCGAUAAUCAAGUUAAUGCUUCUCAUAUACUCUUGACUCAAGCUUUGAAGACGAAAAAGCCCGUUGUUAUAGCAGUAACCAAAUGUGAUAUUUAUGACGAGGAUUGUAAAAGGGCACUUCAAAAUUUAUUAACCAAAAAAGAGCUUAGAGGAGCCCAUUUACCAAUUGUUGAAACAUCUGCUUUUACUAACGUCAACGUUGACGAACUUUUUUCAUUCGCUGUAAGUAAUGUAUUUAAAGCCAAAGCGAGGUUAAAGUUGCAAUCCUAUUAUGAGACUGAGAAGAUUAAUAGACGGUUAAAUUUGGAUAAAAGAGAAGCUUUUAGUAAUCUCCUGAAUUGUCUCCUGCCAAAAAAAGACUGGCCUCGUCUCCGGUUAUCUUGGAGCAGUUUCAUUCGAACCAUGAAUCUUGAUCACCACUCUGUUUAUUGUGAUUUCGUACAUACUUAUGGAGUUGGUGCUGCUAAAAAAAUGUAUGACAUUCAUGUGAAUGAGGCUCGAGAUUUCUGGAUGGCUUAUAGACUGGAGAAACUUCAAUCCGAACUACCGAGAGUUUUCGAUGCUCUGCUGGAUCGCUCUUCUGUUCCCGAUCUAACAUGGAAUGAAGCGAAGCAAAUAAUCCAUUCACAUGCGUUGUUCGAUGAGCAUUUUCAGCCUCUCGGGACUUUAGGCAAAAAUCUUGAUCCUCUUUCGUCUGAAAAUCCUUACGAAGACCCGAUAGCUGAUAGUCGGAUUCCUGCCGAAAUUCUAUUACGGAAAGAGACUAGAGUAGCGUUUGAUGAUUAUCAAAAGAAAGUGGAAAUGGAGUUUCGAAAAGAGCGAUUAGAAGAAGAUUUCGAAGCUAUCUUACAGGAGUGUCCCCAGGUUACUCCUGGAAAACCUCUCCAGGAAGUUUGCAUUUUUCUGCAAGAAUAUGAUGCUUACAAGCUUUUGGCUCCAGCUCAAACAACUCUUAUAUAUGAUCGCUACCAAAAUAUACUGAAGAAGAGAGCAGAGAAGGAGUUUUCAGAGUGUUUACAUGAGCAUAUAGAAUUAUUCAUUGAGAGUUUAAAAAGCAAGAAAUGCGUUAACGCUGGAAUGGUAUCGGAGACUCAUUUCAACAGGAUUAAAGACUAUUUACAAGAAGACAAUAGAUUUCGUUUAUUGUCUCGAAUGUUCAAAGUACGGGAUAGUAUGAUCCAUCAAUUCAUAUCUUUUAUGUUGAAUCCUUCGUCAGCGCAAUGUGCAUCACGAACGAAGUGCUCGGAUGUGAUGCUUUUAGAAUUGAUAGACUUGUUCUUUCAAAAAAGGCAGAAAGCUAAUGAGUCCAAUAUACAUUUAGUUGAUAUCACUGUUCAUGGCGACAUGCCUCUUGUAGCGCAGUUUAUAACUGAUUUGAAUCGCUUGCUCCGGAAUGAACCGUUUCUUUGUGCUAGUGGGUAUGCAAAUAUUCGAUGUUUUGGUCCUGAAGAGUCUGAGAGUGUUGGGAUGACUCGAACCCAGUUGUACUUAUUAGAUACUCCACAAUGUAUUGAAGAUCAUAGAGCUUACUAUUUGAACAGAAAGGACUUAACAUCAAACUUACCCCCAAUUUUUGUUCUUGUUUGUGAUCCAGGGCAUUAUGAUCUUCUACCUACUAUGCAUCAGCAGGGAUAUGAUCUAGCUCAGGAAGCUGAUGGUAUUUUCAUUGGAGCAGGUUCAGCCGAAUCGAAUGACAGUAGUUGUAGUAGAGCCAGUGAUUGUAGUAGUAUUUUCGGUCGUGAUCAGUUGUAUAGAGUUUGUGAAACCGUUUGUUCCUCCCAAUUAGAUUGUCGUCGCUGCGACCUUAGAGUGAGAGCUUCAAUCUUGUGUGGAGAUUCCCCGGACUGUGAAUCUUUUUUAUCAUGCAUGUUCCCUCCUAACAGUGCCGAAAUCCGUCCACUUGUUAACACUAGUCUAUUAAGCGCAGGUAUAAUACCGGUUGAUAUUUGCUCAGAAACGGGCAACCCUCGUGUGGACAUUAUUCUGGGUUCAUACCACAAUUGGCUUUUCACGAAAACAAAUGCUCCUAUACACGGCCAUAUUUUCAUUUUCUACACGAGGCGGGCGGCUUCCUAUGCGUUUGCUCGAACGGCUCUGACUAAAGUACUUGAUAAUGGCAGAUACUCAGUUCCCGGCAAAGCAAUUCUUCUUGUGGCUAUUUCGGAUAUUCAUGACCAUUGUGACGAUGAGGGAUCCAACGUUAUUCUCACAUCGGCAAGCGAACUCGCACACAGCGUUGGUUGCUCCUUCAUAGUGAUCAAUCCAGAUUCACCUAAUGAUUUGACUACUACAAGAGACUUCCUUAGAUUCAUAGUUGGUUUAAAGGAUAUGAUACCUGCUUUUGGAGACGAUUAUUAUGAACGAACAAGAGUAGACAGUGACGGCUAUGCCACAUUCGCUGGAUCUCCUAAAUCAAGCAAAGACGACAUUUCAAUAGAAUCAAGUGCUCAAAGCCUCAGCUGUACGGCACCCAGUGUCAUCACUAACUGUCAGAAAAUGUCAAUGUCUUCGAAUUCUGAGACACGAUCUCAGAUUGCUACAGGGUCACCACAAUCAUCAUUAGCCGGAGUUCCGAGCAUACCAGGAAGUAACAAUAGCAAGCCCAGGCGGAGGCCUCCUCCUGUGAAUGUGGCUUUGAAAAUACCAGGAAUCAGGCCUGCUGAAGUUGCUCCUCUCGCCACGCCAGAAGCUGUAGAAUUGGCUCCAGAGUAUAGUCAAACUCAGGAUGCUUUGACGGACGAUGAUAACGUUUAUGCAACUGCAGAUUUCAUAACUCCAGUAAAGCCAGAUGAUAAUAUCAACGCUUUGCUGAAUAAAAAAGAAAAAAAGUCGAACAUUAGAUCGUGGAUGUUUUCACAAUCCAACUCCUCAGGAUCAGUACAACCUUGCUCAUCAGUGUUCUCGUAUACAUCGGUGGAAAAAACGCCUUCAAGAACUGCACCACUACUGCUUAUUCCUGCUUCAUCGUCUGCCGAAAAACGAUUGCCUAUUCUCAUCACUCCUACAAAUUUGAAAAGCGCAUCUAAUCAAGCAGAAAAAUUACCGAGAUCUAGCAAGCCUUGCGUGAAAGCUUUCAAUAUUCCAAGAUCUGUUACUGCUAGCUUUAUAAGUCGUGAUCCUGUAGCGAAGCUUAGACAAUCAAUGCCUGUAAGGUCUUCACUUCGGCAAUCCAUAUCCGCAGAAUCUCUCAAUGACAUCAAUAUUUUAUUGGAGAAGAAGAAGAAAAACAAAGAGUUUGGUGGAAGCAGAUUUGUUCGCAAAGUGGCGACUUCGUUCCGCUUCAAGAAAAAUGAAGUGAAAUUAUCUGAGCAUGAUUCUGACAAAGACGAUGAUCCUAAAAGUUUAUCUGUACCUGAGUCACAGCCAUCACGUAGUCUUCCCCAAAGUCCUCACACGGAAAGACGGGUGAAAAAACAUGUUUAUGGUGGUGGAGGAACCGAAAAGACUUCUGGAGCUUUCUCUUGGUUACCUUCAAUUUCGCCCCGGCGCAGCACCAAAAGCUUGGCGAGCGAGCAGACUAGUAUGUGUACACGAUCACCUUCAGACACAAUUCAUUCUCUGACCAGUGAAGGUGGAGAUAUCCCUAUCUUUCUUAAAAGAUGUGUGGAUUUCAUAGAAGAGGAGAUACGACCUCAUCACCAGGAAGGAGGCUUGGAAUUGGAAGGUCUUUAUCGAGUUCCUGGAAAUCAAGCUCAAGUUUUAGAACUCGAAAAAUAUUUCAAGGAUAAGGGCGACCUUGACUUGACAUCUCUGAACUUACCCGUUCAUGUAGUAGCUACAGCUGUGAAAAAUUUCUUUUCCAACCUUCCUGAGCCAUUAAUAACUUACAAUCUCCACGAAAGUCUUCUGAACUCAUUAUGCUCUCCAGAUAUAGAAAAUCAAUACAAAGAUAUCCUUGCCAGUCUUCCUGCAGCGAAUUUACUAGUUAUAAGUUAUUUUUUCCGUCACUUACAUAAAGUAGCCUCGUCACCUUCCACAGCAAUGGAUUUGGUCAAUUUAUCUAAAGUUUGGUUCCCAACCUUCUUCAGGCCUAAUUUCGACAACUUUGACGAAAUGUCCAAUGGGAUGUCCAAAUACCAAAGAGCCAUGGAAACAAUAUUAAUUCAUUCAAAUGAAAUUUUUGAUAGCUAA